GGCAGGGGGUUGACCCGCUCGGCGCUGGCUCCUGGGAUAUGGAGGCGCUGGCUCGGCAUGUCAGCUGGCGGCGAGAAUCCUAUUCUGAGAAAGCAGACACUCCGGUUUCUGCCAUGGUGCUGGGUCCUGAAGAAAAGAUGCCAGAUGAUGGUGCAUCUGGAGACCAUAGAGACUCUGCCAGUCUUGGUGCCAUCAACCCUGCCUAUAGUAACUCCUCCCUUCCACAGUCCACUGGGAACUCAGAGGAGCCCUUCACCACCUACUUUGAUGAGAAGAUCCCCAUUCCUGAUGAGGAGUACUCUUGUUUUAGCUUUCGUAAGCUCUGGGCAUUCACGGGACCUGGUUUUCUUAUGAGCAUUGCCUAUCUGGAUCCAGGAAACAUUGAAUCUGAUUUGCAGUCUGGAGCUGUAGCUGGAUUUAAGCUGCUCUGGGUCCUUCUGUUGGCCACCAUCGUGGGGCUGUUGCUCCAGCGCCUUGCAGCUAGACUGGGAGUGGUCACUGGCCUGCAUCUUGCUGAAGUGUGUCACCGUCAGUAUCCCAAGGUCCCACGAAUCAUCCUGUGGCUGAUGGUGGAGGUGGCCAUCAUUGGCUCCGAUAUGCAGGAAGUCAUUGGCUCAGCCAUCGCCAUCAAUCUCUUGUCAGCAGGAAGGGUCCCCCUGUGGGGUGGAGUACUCAUCACCAUCGCAGAUACUUUUGUAUUUCUCUUUUUGGACAAAUACGGCUUACGGAAGCUGGAAGCGUUUUUUGGCUUUCUCAUCACUAUUAUGGCCCUCACAUUUGGAUAUGAGUAUGUUACAGUGAAGCCCAACCAGAGCCAGGUACUCAAGGGCAUGUUCGUGCCAUCCUGUUCAGGCUGUCGCACCCCACAGGUUGAGCAGGCUGUGGGCAUCGUGGGAGCUGUCAUCAUGCCACACAACAUGUACCUGCAUUCUGCCUUAGUCAAGUCGAGACAAGUAAAUCGGGCCAGUAAGCAGGAAGUUCGAGAAGCCAAUAAGUACUUUUUCAUUGAAUCCUGCAUCGCUCUCUUUGUCUCCUUCAUCAUCAAUGUCUUCGUUGUCUCAGUCUUUGCUGAAGCAUUUUUCGGGAAAACCAACGAGCAGGUGAUUGAGGUCUGUAGAAAUAGCAGCAGUCCCCAUACUGGCCUCUUUCCUAAUGAUAACUCAACUCUGGCUGUGGACAUCUACAAAGGGGGUGUUGUGCUGGGAUGUUACUUCGGGCCUGCUGCACUCUACAUCUGGGCAGUGGGGAUCCUGGCUGCAGGACAGAGCUCCACCAUGACAGGAACCUAUUCUGGCCAGUUUGUCAUGGAGGGAUUCCUGAACCUCAAGUGGUCACGUUUUGCCCGGGUGAUUCUGACACGCUCUAUUGCCAUCAUCCCCACUCUGCUUGUUGCUGUCUUCCAAGAUGUGGAGCAUUUAACAGGGAUGAAUGACUUCCUGAAUGUUCUGCAGAGCUUACAGCUUCCCUUUGCUCUCAUACCCAUCCUCACAUUCACGAGCUUGCGGCCAGUAAUGAGUGACUUUUCCAAUGGGUUAGGCUGGCGGAUCGCAGGUGGAACCUUAGUCCUUCUCGUCUGUUCCAUCAACAUGUACUUUGUAGUGGUUUACGUCCAGGAACUAGGCCAUGUGGCAUUGUAUGUGGUGGCUGCAGUGGUUUGUGUGGCUUAUCUCUGCUUUGUGUUCUACUUGGGUUGGCAAUGUUUGAUUGCACUGGGCCUGUCCUUCCUGGACUGUGGGCACAUGUACCACCUGGGAUUGACAGCUCAGCCUGAACUCUACCUUCUGAACACUGUGGAUGCUGACUCAUUUGUGUCUAGAUGACUGACUGAUUUUCUGACUGCCUGAGAGACUGUAUAAGAACACUUUCUCUAGCUCUUUUGUGCCAAGUAUUUGUAAACAAAUCUCUGUUAGUUCAGAGGUGAGUUUUGUUCAAGUGUUUUGGACAAAGGCAAAGAUUUCCUCAUGGGAACAGGGGUAAAAGCUAACAGCUAUAAGUGUAGGUCAGAGAUCCACUUGCCUCCAAUUGUUGUACAGUAGCCAGAGUUAAACGAUGGGCCUGUAGUGGCCAUGCGUUCCCACAGGCUCAAGUUUUGAUUAUGGGAUUUACAAUGUAUGAAUAUAUAUUUAUGUAAACCGAACAUUCCAGUUUGGGUAGAAUUUUAACAUUAUAUGAAACUGAUCUUUUUUUAAAAAAUGUUAAGAUAAAUUAUUUGUUUUGUCUGGAUCACAAUUUAGAGGGAGGGAUGCUUUUUUUCACAAUGAACUUUUCAAUGAACUAUCUUACAGACUUGCCAGUACACCUGGAUUUUACACAGGUCCUAGGGAUCCAAACUCAGGUUUUCAUGCUUGCACAGCAGGUACUUUGCCAGCUAAUCCAUCUCUUCAGCCCUUAGCACAUCAUUUUUAAAGAGAACAUUUCUUCUAUUUAGUGUUCACAUGUAACCCUGGUUAUCAUUUGCUUUUUUAAUUGUUGAAUUUGGUGUUUCUUUUUUGUGUUUGUUUUUGUUGUUUAGGGAUUCUUUUGUUUGGCUUUUGAGAUAGGGUCUCCCUGUAGCCCCAGCUGGCCUGGAUCUCACUAUGUAGACCAGGCUGGGCUCCAUCUCACAGAGAUCUGAGUGCCGUUGCCUCCCGAGGGCUGGGGUUAAAGGCGAGCACUAGCAUGCCCAGUCAUUGUCAUUUUUUUCCUAAUGUUUGUAUAAGUCCACAAUGUCCUUUCCACUUUAGCAUUGACACUCCAAAUACCAUUUCUAGGUCCUAAUUCUGUUUUAAGAGGCAGCUAAUAUUCUUUUGAAUGUCCUAAGUAAUUCUAAGCAUUUUUAUAACACAUGAGAUUAGUACUAAAUGGGAACUUAGAAGAUCAGUGUGCAUAUGAUCAACUGCCUGUUUGUGUGUAGGGUUGCAGAUUGUUUUACUUCUUCCUUUCUUUUUUUUUUUUUUUUUUUUCUUUCCUCUGUUGCUAACCAGAAAUCAUUUUCCUUGCUGGGUGUAGUGGCAUAUACCUUAAUCCCAGCACUGGGGAGGUAGAGGAAGGUGGAAUUCUAAGAUUGAGGCCAGCCUGGUUCAGGUUAAGUAGGGCUGCAUAGUGAGACCCUGCCUUUAAACAGGAAAGAAGGGAAGGAGGGAGGGAAAAAAAAUCUUCUGUAAUAGUUUUAAGAAUUGAAAGUUUUGCCGGCCAUGGUGGUACGUGCCUUUGAUCCUAGCACUCAGGAGGCAGAGGCAGGUAGAUCUCUGUGAGUUCCAGGCCAGUCUACAUAGUUCCAGGACAGCUGGGACUACAGGGACACUCUGUCUCAA